GUGACUGCUAUCGAUAACACCGGUUCGAUACACUGGUUCCGCGCGGAACCGCUCUUUUCACUUUAGCGAGGCGAAAUUGUCACAUUUACAUUUGACAAAAUUCGUCGACAACACCCCCGCAGACAGCAACAACAACGCUAGAAGGCAGCACAUCAGCAGCAGCAACAGCAACAGCAAGAAACAGCCAAGAUGCCCAAGAAUAAAGGAAAGGGAGGCAAGAACCGUCGUCGUGGUAAGAACGAGAACGAGUUCGAGAAGCGAGAGCUGAUCUUCAAGGAGGACCAGCAGGAGUACGCGCAGGUGACCAAGAUGCUGGGCAACGGUCGCCUGGAGGCAAUGUGCUUCGAUGGCGUCAAACGCCUGUGUCACAUUCGGGGGAAACUUCGCAAGAAGGUUUGGAUUAACCAGGGCGACAUCAUAUUGGUGGGAUUGCGUGACUACCAGGACUCGAAGGCUGAUGUGAUCCUCAAGUACACGCCCGAUGAGGCCAGGAAUUUGAAGACCUACGGCGAGUUCCCCGAGUCGGUGCGCAUCAACGAGACGGUCACGUUCGUGGAGGAUGGCUUCGACGAGGACAUCGAGUUCGGCGAUGAGAUCAGCUCGGAGGACGACGCCGACUCCGUGGACAACAUCUGAUUAACAAGAAACAAAGCGGCUGGAACUUCCGCCUCGGCAGCACCAGCAGCAUCAGCAGAGUCAGUUCGAGAAUAGUAGGGAAUUUAACCAAUUGUAAAAAGCAGAAUGCCGAAAGCAAGUAGCUCCUGUUCGAGAUCCAAGCAACAAGCAUCCAAUCCAAUCCAACAUCCACAGAGCGGCGCAACAGAAACCAAAACUAUAGUAUCAGUUCAAUUUUAGCCACUUUAAUGUUCAAUAUUCUUUUAAAUUUCUUCAGCUUGAAUUACCAAGUGGGUUCCAAAAUUCAAAUGGUUCGACUUAUGGCCGCCUUAAACAACAAAUUAUAUAAAACAAAUAGUAGAACUACUGUUACACUGUGCAAGUAAUGCAACUUUGCGAAACAAAAACUAAUAUUAUUUGAAUUAAAAAACGAAAGAAAAAACAAAGAAAAACAAA